AUGAGUCCAUCGCCAGAAGCUGACCAGGCCUCUCCCGGUCGCUCGACUCUGCGCCGGAGGACGUCGUCCAUGCAUUCACAACGCAAGCCCUGGGAGACUCGGCGGCCCAGUUUCCGUACUUCCAAUUCUCGCAGCAGACCAGAUCCGGAAGAGAUACAACCAAUGUCUCGGCAGGACACGAGAACUUCUACCAAGUCAAAGCGCCGGCAGCCCAAAUGGUGGAAGAUUCGACUCUUCAAAGGUAUGAUCGACGACGUGAGAAGGAGAGCACCCUACUAUUGGAGUGACUGGCGAGAUGCCUGGGACUAUCGAGUCAUUCCAGCGACGACAUAUAUGUACUUCGCCAACAUUCUCCCAGCACUGGCUUUCUCGCUAGACAUGUUCGUCAAGACCGAUAACUCCUACGGCGUCAACGAAGUAUUGCUGGCUAGUGUGCUCGGUUGUGUGGUCUUCUCACUAUUUGCAGCGCAACCACUGGUCAUCGUGGGCGUGACAGGUCCGAUCACCGUCUUCAGCUAUACAGUCUAUGAUAUUGUAGUGCCCAUGGGCUACGACUAUUUCGGCUUCAUGGCCUGGAUCGGUAUCUGGUCUCUGAUCUUGCAUUGGAUCUUGGCGAUCACGAACUCAUGCAAUGCCCUAACAUAUGUCACCCGAUUCUCUUGCGACACCUUCGGCUUCUACGUCGCAUUUGUCUACCUUCAGAAAGGUAUCCAGGUACUUACUCGGCAAUGGGGCGAGGCCAAUGCAACAUCAGCAUACCUUGGCAUCAUGAUCAGUCUGCUUGUCCUUGCCGUCGCGUAUCUCUGCGGCAUCAUAGGCGAGUCCAAACUCUUUCACCGCCACGUCCGCAAGUUCAUUGAGGACUAUGGCACACCUCUAACGAUCAUCUUCUUCACCGGCUUCGUCCACAUCGGGCACAUGAAAGACGUCGAUCUCACCGUCCUUCCCGUCUCCAAAGCCUUCUUCCCCACCGCCCAACGCAGCUGGGCCGUGAACUUCUGGGACAGCUCCGCCGCAGAAGUCUUCACCGCGCUGCCCUUCGCUGUCCUUCUCACAAUCCUCUUCUGGUUUGACCACAACGUUUCCUCCCUCAUCGCCCAGGGCUCCGAAUUCCCCCUCCGCAAACCACCCGGCUUCCACUGGGACAUCUUCCUCCUCGGCCUCACAACCGCGCCCUUCCAUACGCAGGCGCUUUGCGUCACAGAGAGCGUCCUGGUUUCCGAUCCUCAGAAACAAUCGAACGGAGCUGACACGACCCGCUACGAACGCAAGACAACGCACGUCGUCGAACAACGCGUGUCCAACCUAGCGCAAGGACUCCUCUUCCUCGUCACCAUGACCGGCCCUCUCCUCGUCGUGCUGCACCUCAUCCCGCAAGCUGUCCUUGCAGGCUUGUUCUUCGUCAUGGGCGUCCAGGCACUCAUCGGUAACGGCAUCACGCUAAAACUCGUCUAUCUUUUCUCGGAUCGAGAACUCGUUGAUUCCAAAAACGAACCACUUGCGCGCAUCGACAGGCGCACAGCGAUCUGGGGGUUUGUCGCCAUCGAAUUGUUGAUCUUUGGGGGCACGUUCGCGAUCACGCAGACCAUUGCGGCGAUUGGGUUUCCGGUGAUUAUUAUCAUUAGUAUUCCGUUCAGGACGUUUGUUAUGCCGAGGUGGUUUCGGGAGGAGGAGUUGAAGGUGUUGGAUGCGCCGACUGCAGGAAGCUUCGUGAUGGAGAGUGUUGGUGGGCUUAUGGCGCCAACGAAGACGGGUCGGACAACGAAGAUCACGAGAAUCGUGGAUCUGGCGCGGAAACGCCGCCACCAGAUGCACGGAACGGGGACAGAGCAUACCACAAAGAUGACGAAAAUGCGAUCAUAG